AUGGCGAGUGCAAAGCUAGAACAGAGAACAAUAAAAUUCCAUCUACCGGAUAACGUUAAGGCGAAUCAUCUACUCGGCAACAUAGUUUACGGAAUUAACACAACGCAUCCCUUUGAACGUGUGAUCCUAACCCCCGACACUUUGUUCACUCUCACACAUCAGGGUGAUUUAUUGACAAGGGGAAACCUGGACAGAGAUGAGAUUUGCAAUCGAUUUGAUUGUUGCGAUCAGGAGGUAUGUGAAAUCCAACUGAAUGCUUAUCUCUUUUAUUCCACUUCAUCACCAGUGAUGUUUGUGUUAAAGAUAUUUGUAACUGACGAAAACGACAACCCUCCAGUAUUUCCACGAAAUCCAUCUCCACCAAAUUAUUCGAAGAAUUGUGAUUGGGAAUUGACGAUCCCGGAGUCAGCUCCUGUCGGCAGUAGUCAACCCCUUCCAAUUGCCAUUGACGUUGAUUCUCGUAUUUUCAAUAAUAUCAAAUACAAAUUGUUAUAUCAGCAAGGUGAGCAAGAAAAUAUUGGUGUUCCAUCUACGCAAAGCGCGUGCGCGGAGUUUAGCCUUAUUGCACCGGUUAGCGGAUCGUUAAACAGUACCGCCACAAGCGCUCCAGUGUUACGGCUUGAUAGACAGUUAGAUCGUGAAAACAAAUCGAACUACAUCUUCAUUCUUGUUGCAGAAGAUGCUGUGUCACCUAAUUUGAGUAAUAAUUUGACUGUCUGCAUCAAGGUCGAAGAUGUAAAUGACAAUUCUCCAGUGUUUGCUGACACAUCCAUGGGUUUGUUACUAAAGAUUCCGGAGGACACUCCCAAACAAAGUGUCUUACACCAAUUCAGUGUUGCAGAUCUUGACUAUGGGGUAAAUAAGGAAGUGGAGUUUUCCAUAGAUUGGACGCCCACUACUAAGCUGUUUAACGACUCCGUGAUAGAACGUUUAAAAUCGAAAUAUGCAAUUGAGCCGAAAACAGGCAAAUUAUACGCGGCAAAAGCACUGGAUUACGAAAAUGAGCUUGAACGUCAAGUUGUGAUCAUUGUGAAGGCAGUAGACCACGGGACUCCGAGACUCACUGCGAGCGUCAGUCUGACGGUUUCACUCAUCGACGUGAACGAUAAUAUCCCUCAUAUAAGAGUGUUGGAUGUCGGUUUGAGAGGCCAGGAUUUGGGCUCAGAAGGUGUUACCCUGGCAAUUCUCCAUGAAAAUGAUCCAAAUCCGAGAGUGCUAAAAUUGAUUUCAGUAUCUGAUGAUGAUUCGGUAUCACACGGAUUGUUAUCCUGUAGGGUGUCAGAAGAAUAUUCAAAGGACUUUCGUCUAACAUUAUAUUCGGACACAAUGUAUGGUCUAAUGAACAUGCGCGCAUUUGACUACGAGAGAGAAUCUGGUAGCGCUGGGGAAUUGACAGCCAAAGUAGAAUGUCUGGAUGCCGCUGCACCACCCAAGGUCACCGAAAAAUGGAUUUACAUAACUUUGGUGGACACAAAUGAUAACUGGCCUCAAUUUAGUGAAUCCAAUUAUCAGUUCAGUGUUUCAGAAAAUGUGGAAAUCAACACUGUGAUUGGACGGGUUUACGCAACUGAUGCAGAUUCAGGUCCAAAUGGUAAUCUCACCUUUUCACUAAGCAGCCAUAAUCCCAACUUUCUCGACUAUAUUCAACUUGAUGCAGUCACUGGUGUAUUGCGCACUACCGCAAAAUUAGACAGAGAGUUGAUAGACUGUAUGGAGUACCAGAUCACAGCAACGGACCAAGGUGAAUAUACAUCAAUCGGUGUGGAUGGCCAACAUGAUGAAAACGUAAGUCAAUUCAGUCUAACUUCCAAAAGUAACACUACCGGAUUGACCAUAACCAUACUGGACGUAAAUGAUAAUGCGCCGGAAUACAGUGGGCCUACGGAGUUUUACAUUACGGAAAACGUGGAAAUCGGAUCAGUUGUUCUUAUGGUGAUCUCAUUUAAUGACUCAGAUCUAGGAAGCAACAGCAAUGUUAAUAUUGUUAUGCCGAAUACUCAUAAUUCUCAUUCCAACCGCAUAAGUUCAGAAUUUGCUCCAGAUAUCUCCAUAGGAUUGGAUCCAGGAACAUUUGCCAUUACGGAUUCCCAGACAUUAGUGACCACUGGAGAGAUUGAUCGAGAGAAACAAGCAAAGCAUGUGAUCUCAAUCGUGGCUGUUGAUGAUGGCAUUCCGAAUAAACUUAGUAGCACAACGUCGUUGACAAUAUUCGUCGCAGAUCAAAACGACAAUUGCCCUGAACUACUCCAUCCGAUUAAUGGAUCGUUUCUCCCUCAUCCUGCAGAAGCUGCAUACGGGUGGGUAGGUUCGGUCUCCUCGAUACCAGUGAAUGCAGGGUUAAAAACCUUCGUAUCCAUUAUUCAAGCCAAAGAUAUGGAUGCCGGUGAGAAUGGUACUAUAGCAUAUAUCCUAACUGCGAAUGAAAACGCAGAUGACGGAUACCAGUAUUUUCACUUAGAAGAAGUAUCAGGACGUUUGUCAACCUAUUGGGAUGUCACAACAGAAAGCUCCAAAUUGCUGAAGGCACUCGAAGAGCAUGAGAAUACUUCUACUAGCCAUAAAAGUUCUGCUCUUGAAAGAAGUCAUAGUCCAAGAGCACCAAAGUCAGGCGUGUAUAUUUUAAGUGUAAAAAUAACGGACAGGGGCAUUCCACCGCUAACUACAUUGGCCAUAUUUUAUGUGAAUAUCAGUGACGCGAAAGAUGGCUAUCUUGGAUUCAGCUUUCUGUUUACAGGAGAUUACAUGAAUAAUGCUAUAAUAAUGCUACUUAUCACGAUGUGCAGCUUCGUGCUGAUUCUCAGUUUAGUCGCUUUCAUUAUUUGGGCUCGUUCUAGGAAUGAGAAUGACCAUACCAUACCCACUGGAACAGAUCAACCUGCAGACUAUAUUGUUACAACAGCUGCUCCUCAGGGCUUGAUGUCCAGGUUUUUCAAUGACUCAGGCUACGCUAACUCAGCCGGUUCGAAUCGUUUGACUGAGUAUAUGCAUCCGUGGUUACGUCCGAAUGUUAAUGUCAAAGGGGUGUUCGAUGAACACAAUGCAUACUUAUUAACUCAUGGAAAACAUUUGAACCAGUCUCCUAGUGUCAGUUGCCUUGGGGAUCGCGGUGAGGAGAAAAUGCUUACUACAAGAUAUCCGAACGUAAUGGAAUAUGAAAUAGCAAGUGUGAGCCCUCCGUCACCCACACAAUGUUUACGUGUUGCACAUGCCUUUGGUCCCCCCUUACCGAUGGACGAUAAAACCACAUGGAUUACAGCUGUGAGACCAUUCCAUCCGGAUACGCUAGCGUGUUUGUUGGACUGCCGUAGUCAUUACGAUGGAUAUAUUCAUUGUUCAAGCAGCAACGAUGGCAGUGAUAGUGGUGUGGACAGCGCUGUUUUGACCGCGGUUUCUGCACCGAUGCAUGCAUUCCUUCCCAAGGUUGUUGACGAGCAAGCUCAGAAGAUGCGAUUGACUAACCACAUUGUUCCCCACUGUGAACCAAUUAUACCAUGA